GGGUCAGUCAGUCGCUCCCUGUCGCAGCCGGCGAGUCUCUGCUUCCCCCUUCCUAUCCGCUCCGCGGCGGCAGCUCAGGCUCUUCGUGGAGGGGCAGACAGAGAAAGAGAGAGACUGACUUAAUAAAGUUUCCUGAAACAACAACUAUCACCAAAAAGAGCUCAAGGCGGGGGAAACCCCCAUCCUUCCCCGCCCCUCUCCAAAAGCCUGAGGGACCGUCGCAGGUGGAGCGGCGCUGGGGGGGAGCCGGGCUCCGGCGGCAGCCGUUGCCCUGGCAAGGGGCGCCUCGGGUCCUGCCCGCUCCCGUUCCGGCUCCUUUGGUGGCGGCGGCAGCGGCUGCGGGGCGGUACCUCCUGUCAACUGCCUGCGCCCGCGCGCCGUCAGCCCGCCCGCCCAGCUCCACAGCGCGGAGGGACGCCGUGAGCCGCCGCCACAGCCGUCGCCUCGGGCCGCGGAGGGACGUGGUGAGCUGCGGCGCUUCCGCGUCAGCACCGGCGGGGAAUCUUUGGGAGCGCGUCGGGCCCGAACCCCGGCCCCUUCGCUCGGUCCGCCGAGGCUGCGCCAGGUGGGGCCCGAAGCCGCCUCUCACGCCAGGCUGUCCCCGCGGCCGUCCGGCCUGCCUUCCUUCCUUCCGCCCGCCCGUCGGCCCGCCCUAAGAGUUCACCAAGCCGCAAUGAAGAGCUUCUUACAGUGAAAGGAAAGUAGGUCGCGCCCACUGAAAAUGCCUUUAAGGGACAAAUACUGUCAGACUGACCACCAUCAUCACGGAUGCUGUGAACCAGUUUAUAUCCUGGAACCUGGAGAUGCUCCUUUGUUACAGCAACCACUACAGACAUCCAAAUCUGGUAUUCAGCAAAUAAUUGAGUGCUUUCGAUCAGGAACUAAACAACUUAAGCAUAUUUUAUUAAAAGAUGUGGACACUAUUUUUGAAUGUAAAUUAUGCCGCAGUCUCUUCAGAGGAUUACCAAAUUUAAUUACCCAUAAAAAAUUCUACUGCCCACCAAGUCUCCAGAUGGAUGACAACCUUCCUGAUGUAAAUGAUAAACAAAGCCAAGCCAUAAAUGAUCUCCUAGAAGCCAUAUAUCCAAGUGUGGACAAGCGAGAAUACAUUAUUAAGCUAGAACCCAUAGAAACUAAUCAGAAUGCAGUUUUUCAAUAUAUUUCAAGGACUGAUAAUCCUACUGAAGUCACAGAGUCAAGCAGUACUCCUGAACAGCCUGAAGUUCAAAUACAGGAAACUAGCACUGAACAGUCUAAGACAGUUCCAGUUACAGACACAGAGGUGGAAACUGUAGAGCCCCCUCCUGUUGAAAUUGUUGCAGAUGAAGUUGCACCUACAUCUGAUGAACAACUGCAGGAAUCACAGGCUGACUUGGAAACUUCUGACAAUUCUGAUUUUGGUCACCAGUUGAUAUGCUGUCUUUGUAGAAAAGAAUUCAAUUCCAGACGAGGUGUUCGUCGUCACAUUCGAAAAGUACACAAGAAAAAAAUGGAAGAACUAAAAAAGUACAUUGAAACACGAAAGAAUCCAAACCAAUCCUCUAAAGGACGCAGUAAGAAUGUUCUAGUUCCAUUAAGUAGGAGCUGUCCAGUAUGUUGUAAAUCAUUUGCUACAAAAGCGAAUGUAAGGAGGCAUUUUGAUGAAGUUCAUAGAGGACUAAGGAGGGAUUCAAUUACUCCUGAUAUAGCAACAAAGCCUGGGCAACCUUUGUUCCUGGAUUCUGUUUCUCCUAAAAAAUCUUUCAAGGCUCGAAAACAAAAGUCGUCUUCAAAGGCUGAAUACAAUUUAACUGCAUGCAAAUGCCUCCUUUGCAAGAGGAAAUAUAGUUCACAAAUAAUGCUUAAAAGACAUAUGCAAAUUGUUCACAAGAUAACUCUUUCUGGAACAAACUCUAAAAGAGAGAAAGGCCCCAAUAAUACUGCCAACAGUUCAGAAAUAAAAGUUAAAGUUGAACCAGCAGAUUCUGUAGAAUCUUCACCCCCUUCCAUUAUCCAUUCUCCACAGAAUGAAUUAAAGGGAACAAAUCAUUCAAAUGAAAAAAAGAACGCACCGGCAGCACAGAAAAAUAAAGUUAAACAAGACUCUGAAAGCCCUAAAUCAACUAGUCCGUCUGCUGCAGGUGGCCAGCAAAAAACCAGGAAGCCAAAACUUUCAGCUGGCUUUGACUUUAAGCAACUUUACUGUAAACUUUGUAAACGUCAGUUUACUUCCAAACAGAACUUGACUAAACACAUUGAAUUGCACACAGAUGGGAAUAACAUUUAUGUUAAAUUCUACAAGUGUCCUCUUUGCACUUAUGAAACUCGUCGGAAGCGCGAUGUGAUACGACAUAUAACUGUGGUUCAUAAAAAGUCGUCCCGUUAUCUUGGGAAAAUAACAGCCAGUUUAGAGAUCAGAGCUAUAAAAAAGCCCAUUGAUUUUGUUCUAAAUAAAGUGGCAAAAAGAGGCCCUUCAAGAGACGAAGCAAAACAUAGUGAUUCAAAACACGAUGGCACUUCUAACUCUCCUAGUAAAAAGUAUGAAGUAGCUGAUGUUGGUAUUGAAGUAAAAGUCACAAAAAACUUUUCUCUUCACAGAUGCAAUAAAUGUGGAAAGGCAUUUGCCAAAAAGACUUAUCUUGAACAUCAUAAGAAAACUCAUAAGGCAAAUGCUUCCAAUUCACCUGAAGGAAACAAAACCAAAGGCCGAAGUACAAGAUCUAAGGCUCUUGUCUGAUAACUUCAAGUGAUGUACGAAAAGGUUUGGAGUUCAUUUUUGUGGAAAGACUUUAAAUUGGUGUUAGAACCACUAAACAUCUUCAAAUGGUACUAUGAGGAAAAAAAAAGAAAAAAAUUUGAUAAAUAUAUGACUGUAACUGCUGUUUUCUGACUAAAAUAAUAACCAUCUAACCACUUGUUUCUAAGGCACUGCCUCUUCCAGCACUUUCAAGUAGCUGUGACAUUUUGUAUUGUCAUCACAGUCCAUCAGCUAACCACCCCUGUGCAUUUGGUCUACAGUUUAUACAAAGAUGUUGCAAAUUUUGUUUUCCAGCAGUUUGUUGAUUAAGUGAUCAACAACCUGAAGAAAAUAUCACCACUGGUGAUUUUUAAUUAUCAAAGACUUUAUAAGUUAGCGAUUUUACUUUUGUUCCACUUUAUUUGGCAGAAUUUUUAUCUGGAUUGUACAGAUAUAUAAUUUCCUAGAGAGCGUAUGUUAGGACCAAAAGACAAAUCUCAACACAUUAUAAAUAUUUAGCCUACUAAAUAUUUGUAAUUAUUUUUACAUCCAUUUAUUUCUAACUUGUUCUAUAGCACUUAAAUGUUUGAAAAUUUCAUUCUAAAAUAUAUACUAUAGGAAACUUCCGGUUCAUUUUCAUCCAUGGAUCAUCACAUUCUUCAUUUGUAAACAUCUGAGGUUUUUAUGAAAAUUAAACAUUCCCGUAUUUUUCUUUAAGUUUCAUACAAAGCACUUUAAUGAUAGAUGCAACUUAAUUUUUCAGUUUUCUUUAAAAGACCCCACAUUUACUAAUGUUAAUAUGAAGGUAAUAAAGAGCUUACUGCUAUUUUGUGGAUGCAGACAAUCCCUGCACAACCACUUCUUAUAAUACUAGUUUAUUUCUUUACAUAUUGCUAAAAAAGGAAGAUUGGGGUAUAAACCCUGAUUCUUUUUCUCUCCCAAGUAAAAUCUUAAAUGACCACUUUAGAUAAUAUUUGAUCCCUACUGUAAAAUUUAGAAAAUAAUGAAUUUUUGUCCAUUUUUGUAACCAAGAUUUUAGGGAAAACAGAAGUACAUCUAUCUUUAAUGAAAUACUGGGCAGGUUUUUGUGUAAUCAAUAUUUUGUACUUUUUAGGGAAUAUUUUAUUUUUUAGUAAUUUUUGUCAAAUUAUAAUUUUAAAAGGUACAGCAGAGAAUAUACCAUGUUUUUAUAUAGGUUCAUCCCUGUACUUAGGAGGGACCCUGUCCACAUCUAUAUACUUUUUGUAUAAAAUUUUAAAAUGUUGAAGAUCCACAAGGUCAUAAUAAAAUGCUUUCAUAGCUAGAAAAACAUUUACCCUUCCCAGUGCUUUGCACUAAAAUAUACUGUGAAAGGAAACUAGAAAGACUGUAACUGUUGCUGGAAAUGUUCUAUAUUGAAUGUACAUGCUCUUGUUGGAAAAAUGUACUAUAUGUGAUGGAAAUAAACCAGACUCGAAGUUAUUUCAGCUAAAUGUGCUUCAACGAAGGUGCAUUGGUUGAAACUUAAAUGUUUUAUUAUCAAA